UUACACCGAUAAAAUCAAAGCAAGCUGGCCAGGUAGCAAGACUGCCUAUGUAGACUAAAGAAUUUGCUGAAGGUCACGUAACCUGAGGCCAAGCUGGAUCUCGUGACUCCCAGUCUGGUGCUUUAAUCACGGACCGCUCCUGCUUUACAUGCUAGCUUCAUCGCUUCACUGAAAAUGUCUGGCAAAACAGCGAGCACAACCAACAACAUAGCCCAGGCCCGAAGGACUGUCCAGCAGUUAAGAAUAGAAGCCUCAAUAGAAAGAAUAAAGGUGUCAAAAGCGUCAGCAGACCUCAUGCUCUACUGUGAAGAACACGCCAAGAAAGAUCCCUUGCUAAUGGGCAUACCCGCCUCCGAGAACCCUUUCAAGGACAAGAAGACCUGCAUUUUGUUAUAGGAGAGCGGCAGCUCCUCCGCAGCCCCCCUGGGCAAAGCCAGCCGCCGGCGGGCGCGUAGGCAAAUACUCUGUAAGGUACCAGCCAUUAACUGCGUAAGAGCGGCCCUUCUUUUACCAAGCGUAUAAACGAUUCCUUAAGCUUUCUAAAGCAUUUCUUCUGUUCCCUAUCUUUAUUACGAAGCAAGGUUUCAAACGGAAUUAACUUCUUUCUUGUCCGAGGGAAUGGGGUCUUUGUCGAGCCCGCAAGCACUGCGCCGGCGUCCCUGCGCUGGGACGGGCAGGGCGAGCCGGGGGUCUCCUCCUCUGCGGGAGCGGGUCCCGGUUCCACUGUUCAGGUUCCACAAACAAGACCAAAGUUGCCUGAGCUUCGCUGACGGAGCAGAGGCCAAGGUGUAGAAACCUGAGUAAACAUCAUCGGGUUUCCAUUUGUUUUUUUUUUUUUUAAAUUACGUACGCGGGGAGGGGGGGCUGUACCGGUGUUGGUAGUGUGCGUUUAUGCACAGACACGUUUAGAAGUGCAUUAUCUCGCAAAAGCUACCUUGGAAAAGGAUUGUAGCAACUGCUGGUGAACUCCAGGGAGCCAUGCCUGCAGCCUUCCCUCCCUCCGCUUCUCUCGACAGCGGUUUUUAAGCGUAAAACCUAAAGCGUCAAAAAUCAGAGAGGCGCAGAUGUAUUUCCCUGCUUUUUAAGACGAGUCGAAAAAGCAGAAUUUUCAGCUUUGAUUCCGCUGCGCUGCAUUUUCUUCUCUAAUGAAAAACCCGUGUUAGUACAAAAAAAAAACCCUGUCAAAAGAAUCAAAGGCCGCAAGCUCGUACUGCCCUGCCUUCGUGCUGAGCUGGAGGCAUGGUUCCGUCGCUCGAAGCCCCGCUUAUAUUUUGCGCAGGGAGUCAGAAUUGGGCUCUUUUUAAAAUUCAUUUUUAAAGGGGAAAAAUGCCAAAGUCUAUCCGGAUUGUGGUUAUGCAGACAUAAGCGGAGGGCCUUUUCCGUCAAGUAAGUGAUUUUAUAUAUACACAUAAUAAAAAAGUCUUUCUCUGUGUGUGUGUGUGCUUGUGUGUAUGUGUGUAUAUAUAUAUAAAAACUUUAAUAGUAUAUUUAUCCAAACAUUGCGUAUUAACAGAAAGCUUUGAAGGUAUCAAAAAGAAUACUGGCUUCAGCUGGCUGCAGAUGUCUUUCUCUGUAGCCAGUGGUUGAAAGGUUGAAGUUGUCGUCUGCCAUAAGUGCAUUUCUGUAAUGAUAUUUACAGAAUUUAUUAACCACUCGUGAUUUGCUGUCUUACGUUGCGUAUUUGUCAUUUCUAUAUUAAAUUAUAUACAGGCUAUUGAUACAUAUUGAGAAAUUCCACAUUUGUUUAAUGAGCUGCUUUAACAAACUGUUCCAAAAUCGACAUACAAGACUGACAGAAAAUUGUACUGCUUAUUCUGUGCUUACAUG